AUGUAUUCGCUUACUACCUUACUCACAACCCUCUCUCUCCUCUCAGCAACUCUCGCCGCUCCUUUGACAAUCCCACUCGGUUCAACGGGCCUGACAAUCACCAUUUCCUCAGAUGGCGGCGCACAAAUGAAUAAUGGCCAGAAGGUAGAUCUUUCACCAGUCAUGGCAAUGAUGUCCCAAGCAUCUCCAGCAGAAUGUGCAACUCCUCCAGCCCAAGGGAAUGCAAAGGCCGGAAACGCAAAAGCUGUAUACUUCCUAACAAAUGCUGCCAAUAACGCUGUUGUCGCACUCAAAGUAGGAGCCGACGGCAAACUCAGCGCAGGAAGCAUGACAAGCACCCAAGGAAAAGGCGGAGUUGGAGUUGACGCAGCCGGCAAACCAGCUCUCCCAGAUGGAACAUUCAGUCAGAGUAUCAUUCGCGUGGAAGGCAGCACAAUGAUAGCACUCAACCCCGGUUCCAAUACCGCAUCACUCUUCAGCAUCUCCUCUCGGGACGCCACAAAACUGACAAUGAUCGGCUCCCCCGUCGACACCAUGGGCGACUUCCCCGUCUCGGUAGCCGUUUCUUCUAAGCUGUCCAUGGCAUGCGUAGCCAACACCGGCGCCCGCGCAGGAAUAGCCUGUUACAAAAUAACACCCACCGGACUCCUACCCUCAGGAUCCCUCCGUCCAUUCGCAUUGAACCAGACCAACCCACCCUCAGGCCCAUUGAACACCGUAUCCCAGACCUUCUUCAACGGCGACUCCACCGCUUUACUGACCACCGUGAAAGGCGACCCCACGAAAAAGAACACCGGAUUCCUAUCUUCCUUCCCCGUGACAGCCGGCAUGGUGUCCAUGACCGGGACGCAGACCUCGCCGAAUGGAACGGCUGUGCUCUUCGGGUCUACGGUCUUGCCAGGUACAUCUGACAUCUUCGUCACAGACGCCUCGUUCGGAACCGCGACUCUUUCUUCUUCAACUGGCUUCGCAGCUGCUGCCGUUUCCGCAUCCACUAAGCUCGACGGGCAGAAAGCUACGUGUUGGGCUACUUUCUCGGCUGUUACAUCCACGGCGUUCGUCACGGAUGUGGCGAGGAAUGUGUUGAGUGAGAUUGAUACCAAGACUGGGGAGGUGGUCAAGAGUCUAGAUGCUAAGAACGGUAAUAUUGGAUUAAUUGAUCUUGCGAGUAAGGGGAAUUUCGUGUAUGCUCUUGCGCCGGGGAAUGCGACGGCGGGUGUCCCGGUUCAUGUGGCUGUGUAUGAUGUUUCUGGGGGGCGGGGAAGUGUCAAGGAGGUGCAGAAUUUCGAGGUGAUGGGGGUGAGUGAUAGCGUGCAGGGGAUGACGCUUUGCUAG